AUGGUCCAUCUCAAUCUCCAGAAUCCUCUGUUUUCUGCGUCCCCACUGUUGAUGGUGGUUCUGGCGAAGAAGUCCUCGCCUGGAACUCGUCCACCGUUACCCUCAGUCAUGGUGCUACCGCUCGACGUCGACCCGCUGGAACGCCCCGCAUUUGGCGCAUUCGCGCGCGCGCAGACGAACAAGAAACGCGGCGAUGGGCAGGGCAGGGAGGAACGUCUCAAGGGCGUGUUUAUCUUCCUGCGCGGCACCGCGCGCAUCUUCAUGGACAAUGGAUCAGAGUACACCCUUAACCUCCCCUUCGUCGUCCAGCGCGCAUGGCCGGCAGAGCCCCACGGCCUCCUCAUCCAGCGCGUCGUCGAAGGUUGGGAGCUUGCAGAGACCGGAGAUGGGGACUCAGAGGACGGAGGUAUCACCACGGUCUUCUCCCUCACGAGCCCUUUCUCCGAACCUGCUGCGAUUGGCUUGGUCGAUCGAAUAAGCGGUGGGUUCGCCUCGCUGCCUCUCAAGAUCGAACCGGAUUACGCUGCAGACCACGACGUCGUUUCGCCCUCGGAGCGCAUCGUCUGGGUGUCACAGCAUGCGUGGGGCCUGACCGACAAGCUCAUCGCGACCUUGAAUGCGGACCUGAACCGUAUCACCAUCUGGCGUUAUGCCUACGCUCCUCCGCCCCCCAGCUCUGCGCAGUCUACAGCUCGUCCUACACCCCACCCUCAGCAUGCGAAGCGUUCUUCCAUGUCCGGCAACACAUCUGCGCAGCUUCGCCAGACAAAUGCUGCGGCCGACAACGAUAUCCUCGCCUCUCCUGGACGCUCGGACCACAAACGUUCUUCCACGACCCCAGGUCUUCCGCCUGCACUCAACAAUACCACGACAAUGGAAGACCUAAUGAAUGGCACAGUGUCUGGUGCAGGCAGCAACUGGAAGGUGCCCUUCAAGGUUGGCCCUUCAGGCAAACUUGAAGCAAACCGGUCGGACCCUCCAGAACCCGUGAACCUUGACGAGGUGCCCGAUCCUGCUGAAGAGCAACGGAUGAGGGCUCAAUUUUGGCUUGAGAAACUCUACGAAGAGACGAUACCUGAAGCUGCAACGGCAGACCAUGAGCACAUUGCCUUGGCCGCGUUUGACGAACGUUUCGACGCUGAGAAAGUACGGUCGUUACUCGGGCUCAUUUUGAGGGCGACACAGACAUUGCAAAUCUUCGCCGUAGAACGGAACGCAGACGGCACGAUGAGCAUUCAACCUGUUGCUCGUUUCCCCGCUCUCAGCAUUUCGUCAAUACGGGCGACCAGGGACACUAUCGCGGACCUGUUGGUUUUGAAACCCGAUGGAACGCUCUCGCUCCUCACUCACGGCCUCCACGCGCUUCCUUUGUCCCUGAACACACUCAACACGUCUUCACGUGCAAGCCUCGUAGACUUAGAACACCCGAUAUAUUCGUCGGUCACUCUCAAGUACUCGAACGGCACUGCUCAUCGCCUUUCCCUUGAUCUCAUCGCGCGUGACCACCUGGUCUCCGACAGCCUGCUCGCGGUCUCGUUCGCCCUGCCCGCGGACAUGUUCUUCACGCUGCACAAGACGUUCUUACACAGGUGGGCGCAGACAAAAUACUCGUUCAUCAUCGACGCCGAGUUCCAGGCUUUCCAGGCGAGUCUGUUGCAGGUGUUAGGACUGGAGGACAAAGAGCCCUCAGCUGCGCCAGCUCAGGACGACUUAUGGACGAAGAUGGCUGGGACGGAGUCGUUCGACAAGUUUCGACACGACCCUAUUCUUCGCAAACUGCAGCUUCCGGGAGUCCCGCACCAUGGUACAUGGAAGAAGCCGGAUCGCCAGCCUCAUCCGCUCAUCGGGUCGGUCCUCCAUGCCCUGCACCUGGUGGCCGAGGAGAAGCGGGUGUUCCUCCCCUCAGUGGAGGGUGUCAUCCGUCUGGCUCCGCUUAUAUGCCGUCUCGCGAUGGUCGUCCGACCGGAGUGGGCUGAUUACUGGAAGAGAUACUGCCCUACCGCGUUGCCAGUAUGGCCGACGUCGUCUCUCACGGAACCCAAGUUCAUUGACGAUCACCUGCCCAUCGUCCCGUCGGACAUGAUCAGCCACCUCUAUGGGCGACUCAACAACCCGGAUUGGGGUCUUCCGUGGCGAGAAAGCUGGAACGUCCUUGCGCCUCGCGAUCAACACCCCUCGUUCGCGUUCGGUCGUCAAGAAGUCCUCCGACACCUGCACGCUCUUACCGUCAUCUACAAAGCCCUCUCAGACAACAAGCUCGACGUCAGGAGACGUGCGGAAGCAGGAUUAAAGGCAAUCGAGGAUACUGGCAUCUCGUUGACGAUCCUCAACCAUCUUAGUCCCGGGGUAGCGGCGCCGCUACGAGAAGCUUUGCGGACCGCGCAGCUUUCUCCAGGCGGAGAUUGGUCUAUCGCGCUCUAUAACCUUGUUGGUCGAAACGAUCUUGCGGAGGGUUUCAGCUCCAGUCCGGCCGUCUAUGCGCACCAUGGGUACCGUACUGUGAGGGAUGUGCUGCAUCCAGCAGGCCCGCGGAAGACUUCACGGCAGCUCAUGGAAGAAGUACGGAAGAUCGUGUCCAAGGAUCCGACAAAGAUCACUGGCGUGGAACUCGACCACGACUUCUCCCACAUCCGCUUUGGAACCGACAGACGAUUGGAUGAGGCCGCACGCAUGCUGUGCUCUUCGGUCGUUCCGUCUGUCCGUGCCAUUGAUAGGCCGGAGCUCAAUGAAGCCGAGCAAAUGCGGGAGCAACAGCACCAAGCGAUUCGGAUGGCAGAGCGCACGCUCGCUCUUCCCCUAGGUCGCGCCAUUUUCACCUUCGGAACUACAUUUGCCGUCACCAAGGAGUCUUUCGCAAUCCCCAAGUUCGAGUUCACGGUGCGCGUUCAACCUGGCAACAUGCUUAUUACACCAGAUAACGGCAAGGUACCCACGGACUGUAUGACCUGGGGCGAAUUCCACAACGGCGUCGCGGCAGGUCUACGCGUUUCCUCGCAAGCGCAGGCCCUGGAGAGCUCUUGGAUCAAGUUCAACAAACCUAGCGAGCUCACCCCGGAGCAUGCCGGGUUCCUCUACGCGCUCGGACUCACUGGGCAUUUGCGCGAGAUGUUGACUUGGCACACAUUCGGCUACCUCACCCCCAAGCACGAGUUGACAUCCAUUGGCGUUCUCCUAGGUCUGGCUGCGGCGAACGUUGGGAACAGCAACCGUCAUGUCACGAAGCUUAUCGCCGUUCACACCCCUGCCUUGCUUCCUAAUCCCGAUGUCGACCUGAACGUGCCGCUCAUCACGCAGUCUGCUGGCCUCAUGGGGAUGGGAUUGCUAUACAUGGGUACCAAGCAUCGACGCUUCGCGGAAAUUUGCCUGAACCAGAUCAGCCGCAAGGACCUCUACCAGCCAGACAUCAGCAACGACUACAGGGAGGCAUAUACGCUGUCUGCGGCCCUAGCGGGCGGCAUGAUCCUCCUGGGAAAGGGCUCGCACAUCCCGGCGGACUUGUCCAUCCUCGAGCGCAUGCGGGUGCUCGUGCACGGCGAGCCACGCGUGGUCGACAGCGGGAAAGUCCCGCGGCCGACGUUCGACGUCAACCUCACGUCUCCCGCGGCGACUGCCGCGCUGGGCCUGAUGUACCUGCGCACCGAGCGGCAGGACGUCGCGGACAUCCUCACCAUCCCCGACACCCUCGAGGCUAUCAACCACGUCCAGCCGAACUUCCUCAUGAUGCGCGCGAUGUGUAGGGCGAUCAUCAUGUGGUCGCGGAUACAGCCGACGAAGCAGUGGACGCUGGAACAAUUGCCGCCUGCGGUGAGGGCCGCGAUGGAGGCGAGGUUCAACGGGAAGCAGAUUGACGACGCGUACGAGCUGGCGUACUACAACAUCCUUGCGGGAGCGUGUUUUGCGAUCGCUCUGAAGUACGCUGGCACUGCCCGGGAGGAGGCGUAUCUGCUCGUGAUCCAGUACUACGACAUGUUCAGCCAGUUGGCAUACACUAACAGUAUGGCGUACGACCACCGCAUAAAGCGUUCUGCGAUCCGCGAAGGGCUCAACCUCAUCUCUAUCAGCCUGACGAUGAUCAUGGCUGGUACGGGCGAGGUCAACACCUUCCGCCGCUUGCGAUACGCGUACGGGAUGUACAACCAUCCUGUCCGCUACGGCUCACACGUCGCAACACACAUGUCCAUCGGCCUGCUCUUCCUCGGCGGUGGCCGGUAUACCCUCGGGACCUCGGACGCGGCGAUCGCGUGCAUGAUCGCCGCGUUCUAUCCUCGCUUUGCGCACGUUUCUUCGGACAACAAGAGCUACCUGCAAGCCUACCGCCAUCUAUGGGUCCUUGCCACUGAACCUCGCUGCCUGAUCGCUCGCGACGUAGAUUCUCGGGAGCUGGUGUAUGUUCCUGUCAAGCUCAAGAUCAGGGAUUUGCUCCAGCUAGGCAACGUUCAUCUCAUCGCACCGACACUUGUCCCACAGGUGGAAAACAUAAUGUCGAUCAGGGUCGACACACCGCGCUACUGGCCUUUCUAUAUGGACAUAGCGAAUGCACCCCGACAUCGGGAAUCGCUUCUGCGCAGCCAGACGCUCUUCGUGAAGCGACGAACCGCGUUUCUCAGCUACGAAGAAGAUCCAAAGGGAAGUAGGAGUCUCUUCGUCCGGUCGGGGUCGUCCUGCGGAGACGCUGCUACGCUGGACUUCCCUCGGGCGACGGACGUCAAAGCCCAUCCAGCAAGCGACCUGCACGACUUCAUCUCGUCCUCGUCCAACAACACUCUGUUCCUGGCCUUUGCCGACUUCUUCUGCAAAGACAAUGUGGAGACGCCAGAGGAGCGACAAUUCCAGUCGUACUGCCACGCGGCGCUGCUCGACUGCAUCGUCCAGGACAAGCCUCAGACGCUGCAGUCGCUGCUCACGCUCUAUCACAUGCGGACCACGUCCCCUAAAUCGGCGUACUUCACCCUGCGCCUGCAAGACCUCCGCUUCGCCGCGGACUUCUACAGCAAGAUCUACGAACGACGGUUCAGCGGCCGUGCCGAGAACAACGCGCGGCCGCCUCUUAUCAGGGAGAACACGUUGUCCGGGACGCUGUACGCGCUCGACACAAGCCUGGACGCAAUCCGAAUGACGGGCCCGUUCCAGGCGCUCCUGGGGCGGUACGCGAGGGGCGAGGAGAUCGCGGAAUCCGAGGCGGACGCGGCGCUGGAGCACCUGCCGUGGUACCUGCAGCGGAACAGCGUGCCGGCGUCGAGCGUGCUCGUCGCGCUCCGCAACUUUGCGCGGGAGACGCACCGGCAGGCGAUGGGGCUGCCGGCGGGGGCGCAGGGGCCGCUGGACGGGGACGUGCUGGGGCUGGGGCUGAAGGAGCUGGUACACGUGACGGGGACGCAGAUGUCGACGACGGUGGGCUCGGGCUGGACGAUCCGCUCGCUGGACGAGGUGAUCGGUGCGUGGAGAACGGACUCCUGA